AUGCCAACUCAACCACAGCCCCCGGCAACAGCCCGAACGCAGGACGUUCCCGUGGAGGUCAACAUCCAGGGGCAGAGCGGCAAGUUCACUAUCGUUCCAAAGGGUUCCUCGGGAAACUCUGUAGGGAUCAGGGUGACCAUGGAUGCACUGCGGGAGGUGGAUGCGGCCGGUGAAGCUGUCGGUCAGACUGGUAGCGUGAAGCACUCGGUCAACACUUUCGCCGCACAGGACUUCACUGUGGGCAGUGUUGAGCAAGUGACCGUUGGUUCCGUGGGUGCAGCAAAGAUCUCGUUCGAGUCCACCGUUUCCAGCAUCGGCAGUUUGGGUGUAGAUACGUACCUCAUCGCUGAUAGCGGGGCAGUGGGUAUGAACAACGACUCGUGGUCCGUAGACAUUGGGGACUUGAAGUGGAACAUUCGCCUGUGGGACUGGACUUGGUGUGGAGACUCCGGCGCCACGUGCAAGAGCGGUGAGGUCGGCGACGCCAUCGAGCUGGACAUCACGGUGCAGAACAUGGGCGGCGGCUCAGCCAGCAAGAAGGAUGGCAGCAACAAGACCGUCUCGCUCGGAGGCUCAGCACAAUUACAACUAUCUACACAAGUGCAGACGGAUUGCACCUGGGUGGAGAUGGCUCCUGACUAUCCGAUGGUCACCACCCAAGGAAGCAGCACAACCAUCACCUUCCGCUUUCCGCGCUUCAGUUCUUCCUCACUCUAUGACCCUGUGAUCUCCGGCUCAUGCGGUGAGCUCGGACUCGACUGCUCUGGGGACUCCACAGGGGGCUCCACGACGGAAGCUAGCAGCGUGAGUGCCAGUGCAACUGCGGGUGCAGGAGCAGCUGUGGUAGCAGCUUUAGCCGCGAAAGCUUGCUGGAAUUGA